AUGACUGAAGUGUCGUCGACCCGCCUGUACCUGGGCAAUUUGCCCCGGAACGCUACUAAGGCUGACGUCGAGGCGCAUUUCGCCACGCAUGGUACCGGCGAAAUCACCGAAAUCAAACUCAUGAAUGGGUUCGGUUUCAUUGAAUACAAGGACGCCAUGGACGCCCGGGACGUUGUCCCAGAUGGAUCCGACUUCAUGGGAGAACGCCUGACUGUCCAGUUCGCCCGCGGCUCGCGCCAUCGCGAACAGGGCGGUGGUGGUGGCGGCGGCGGCGGCGGGUACAACCACGACCGUAACAGCGCUCCACGACCGCGUCGCACACCGCAUCGCAUGCAAAUCAGUGGACUCCCCAAUGAUACCAGCUGGCAGGACCUGAAAGACUUCGCCCGGCAAUCGGGCCUUGAUGUCGUUUACUCCGAGACCAACCGCAACGGCAGCAACGAAGGCUUCGUGGAGUUCGAGACUGCCGCCGAUCUGAGAAGCGCGGUGGAGAAGCUUGACAACCGCGAGUUUAAGAAUGCUCGUGUGAUCUGUGUCGCCAACACGCAGCCCGACAUCCCUAGGGGCGACCGAGCCCGCUCGCGCUCUCCGCGUCGUCCGUACCCUCCUCCGGGGGAUGACUACGAUCGGCGCGGCCCCCCGCGCGGGUAUAGCCCGCGGCGGGAUGGUUAUAGGGAAGGAGCGUACCGUGAGCGCACCCCUCCCCCUCGUCGGGACUAUUAUGAUGACAGGAGGGGAGGCUACCGUUCGCCUCCGCGUCGCGGACCUCCGAUGGACGACUACCCGCCCCCGCGUGGCCGCUACGACGAUCCCUACCGCGGUGGACCUAGGGACUACCCUCCGCCGGACCCGUACAUGAACGGCCGAGGAUACGACCGCAGGGGCCCGCCGCCCCCGGACUUCCCCCCGCGUGGUGGCGACCCGUACGCCCGAGAGCCCUACCCACCUCCUCGGGAUUACGAGCGCCGGUAUUAG